GGGCAUGCACAUGAAGCUAUUUAACCGUGGUAAGACAUUUAGCCAAGACGUUAAGCAUGGAGCUAAACCACCAUGAAAAUAAUUUUAUUGACCGUGUUACUUUGCUGUUGGGAUGGGAAAUCAUAUACCUGGCUAGUUACAAUGGUGAGGCAGACAGGCUCUAACUCAUUAUGUCAUGGUAACCUGAUUGUAUGAGCAGAACUGUAUAAAAUGAACCUAAAUUCCUGGUGAAAAGCUGACAGUUUGAUCAGUUUGGGUAGGUGGAGCUAGAUAUGAAAGGACUGGAGCAGGAGUGGAGCCCGGAGCCAGCCAAGUGAGCCGAGCGCCCAGCCCUGGGGCAGCCUCGUGCUGCCAGGUAUCGCAGGGAAACAGAGGGCUGCUUGGCACCCGGGAGCCGUGGUGGUUGCUAGCAACUUCAAAGCAUUUUUGCAUGGGCCACUGCUAAAUAUGGUCUUUCAGUAAGAGAGUUCUGAGGAGAAACUGCUUUUCUGAAGCAGUUCUUUGAUUGUCCGUGAAAUAAAGUGCAUGGACGUUCCGUUCCUUCCGCUCUCGUUCAACUCCCACCCAAGCCAUAUAAUCACAAAGAACUUGAAAUCCCUCUGUGACCCAAGGGAAGGAAGGCAAAGCCUGUGCUCACAACUGGAGCGAGAGAGGGGAAGGGUAUGGGAAGCUGUGCCAGUCUUCCUAGGAGUCUUAUGUAGGCGGCAGAGCAGGAGACUUGUGGAAACGGCAGACUUCCUGCUGGAAUAUCCCACCAAGGAGCAGAAAACCCAUCUUAAUGCCAGAUGAAGACUCCAAGGAGUUUUAUGUAAGGUGCGCAUAGGAUUGAAUGCUUACUAGCUGAAAGCUGAAGCGUGGUCGCACAUUGGUCUCCAGCCUAUGUGGAGAACAGGAUGCGGGUCACCAUGAGGCGGGUGCUGCUGGCGGUUGGCUCGGUGGUCGCCCUGAUGGUCACGCUGCACCUUGGCCAGCAGGUCCUGGAGUGCCAGCAGGUCCUGAGCGAGAGGCGACACAGGCUGAUGAGACCUGAGAAUGAGGAGCUCGUCAUGGUGGACUCCAACCACGUCGAGUACCGUUACAGCAAGGAGAUGCCUCUGAUAUUUGUUGGCGGGGUCCCACGGAGCGGCACAACGCUGAUGAGAGCAAUGCUCGAUGCCCACCCUGAGGUCCGCUGUGGGGAGGAGACCCGCAUCAUUCCCCGUGUGCUAGCGAUGCGCCAGGCCUGGUCCAAAUCGGGGCGGGAGAAGAUGCGCCUGGACGAAGCAGGAGUGACGGACCAAGUUUUGGACGCUGCUAUGCAGGCCUUUAUACUGGAAGUCAUCGCCAAGCAUGGCGAGCCAGCCAGGUAUUUAUGUAACAAGGACCCUUUCACUUUGAAGUCCUCUGUCUACCUGUCCAGACUGUUUCCCAAUUCCAAAUUCCUCCUCAUGGUUCGAGAUGGCCGGGCGUCUGUCCAUUCAAUGAUCACAAGGAAGGUGACAAUCGCAGGCUUUGACCUGAACAGCUACCGAGACUGCCUUACCAAGUGGAACAAAGCGAUCGAGGUGAUGUAUUCCCAGUGCUUGGAGAUCGGACGAGCCCGGUGCCUGCCAGUCUACUACGAGCAGCUAGUCCUGCACCCUGAGCGGUCUAUGCAUGCCAUCAUGAAGUUCCUAGAUAUUUCCUGGAGUGAUGCGGUGCUGCACCAUGAGGAACUGAUAGGGAAGCCUGGUGGAGUGUCUCUUUCCAAGAUAGAAAGAUCAACAGACCAGGUUAUCAAGCCUGUGAACAUGGAGGCAUUAUCUAAAUGGAUCGGACAUAUCCCAGGGGAUGUGCUGCAAGACAUGGCCCACAUAGCGCCGAUGCUUGCCAGGCUCGGCUACGACCCGUACGCCAAUCCACCCAACUACGGCAACCCGGACCCUUUAGUUGUCAACAACACGCACAGGGUUUUAAAGGGAGAUUAUAAAACGCCAGCCAACUUGAAAGGUCACCUUCAGGUCACUCAGAAUACAUCAUCUUCUCACUAAUAAAUUAAUGAUUUCCAGAAUGCUGCAAAUGGCCUUUUGUUGUCCAGCAAAGAAGAGUUUGCAAUUGCAAAAGUGGAAAUCUGUUAUCCAAGCAUAUUGCUUGCUAAUAAUAUUGCCAAAAUGACUGCUAUACAAGGAAUGUACUUGCAUUUAUUUGCAAAGGCCAAACAUUUUCCACUUCAAAUACCGGCCGUCUACCUUUUCUGAACGCUCCGUGGUAAAAGAAGCUGUGGAAACAAAUAUUGCAAUCGGACUUUCGACGUGCAUUGGAAAGAGAUUUUAUAUUCAAUUACUUGAGAACUUUUAAAGGCUGUAUUUAAGUGUCUUGUAAUGCUGUUCUCUAAUUUGCAAAUCAGAAAUAGGUGUUAAUAACCUUGUAGAGCAUUGGUUGUACAAGUCUCCUGCCCUUCCUUCACUUGUAAUUUACAGAAUCUAUUUAAGAGUUAAUA